AUGGCAGACCCGGACUCAAUCCGCAUCUUGACGCUCAACUGCUGGGGCCUCAAGUAUCUCGCCAAAUACCGCAAUGAGCGCCUCUCCGAGAUAGGCCGCCAGCUUGCCCUUUCCAACCCCCCGCCCGACAUCAUCGGCCUCCAAGAGUGCUGGACACAGCAAGACUACGAGUCAAUCCGCACCCAGAUCGCACAUCUCCUCCCCUACGCGAAAUUCUACUUCGGCGGCAUCUGGGGCGCCGGCCUCGCCAUCUUCUCCAAAUGGCCGAUCGAACAGUCCUCCAUGCACGGCUACCCGCUCAACGGUCGCCCAACGGCCUUCUUCCGCGGCGACUGGUUCGUCGGGAAGGGCGUCGCCUGCGCCCGAAUCCGGUAUGGGCAGGGUAGUCUGAACGUCGCCGAAGUCUUCUGCACACAUCUCCACGCACCAUACGAACAGGAACCACACGAUAGUUACCUGGCGCAUCGGACGGCGCAGGCAUGGGAGAUAGCUAAGCUCAUGCGUGGCGCUGCGGAGCGAGGACAUCUAGUAAUUGGACUGGGAGACUUCAAUAUGCUUCCGUCCUCGUUCGCGCAUCGACUGAUCCGCGCGCACAGCCCCGUCGUCGACGCAUGGCAGGUGAUAUACCCCGAUUCGUCCGUCGGCGCAGCCAAAGACGCCGUUGAAAAAGCGCGCGGCGUACCAGUCCCAUCCGCUGAAUUCAAUCUGCGUCAUAACGGCGCAACCUGUGACGGGCCGUACAAUACAUGGCGCUGGUCGAAGAAGGACCAGAAGCGUUUGGACAAGGGCCACGAUAUCCCCGUGGAGACGUUCAAGGAUAGUCCGGACUACAAGGGGAAGCGGCUCGACUAUAUUUUCGUCGGCGAUGAGGUUGGAUGGUCUGUUCGCGAGGUCAGCCUUACAAUGACAGACCGCCAUCCUACGCUUCGUUGCUCGCUGAGCGACCACUUCGCCGUGCAAACCGUCAUCACCCGCGACUCGUCUGCUACGAACAAGGAUGAAAGUGGUGGCGGCAAGUCAUCGCGCCUGACACUCCCCGCGAAGACAUACGAUCAUAUCCUCGACAUGAUCCAUGCCUAUGUCCGCCGCGAACGUAAGCAGCGCCGCUGGCGUCUAGCUCACUUUGUUGCCUCGGUGCUGGUCACCAUUGGCUGUCUAGUGGGUGUAUGGUGGAAUGGCGAUCGUCCUUAUAUCCCUUUUAUUUUGACGCUUGUCAGCACGCUUAGCUUUGGGGCUGGUUUAUUGGACGGUUUAAUCGGAGGACUUUUCGUCUCGAGUGAGUUGAGGGCACUGAAGGAAUUCGAGUGGGAGAUUUGGAAUACGAAGAGGAUGGCCGAGGGGCUUUAG